UUCAACGGAUUCCGGAAUUAUCAAAAUUGUGGCCAAUCAAAGUAUCGUUUUUCUUUUGAGUUUUAUAGACAAAAUUGUAUUCGAAUGCUAAAUUCUCAGAUCGAAUUUGAUAAUAUUUACCAAAAUUUGUGUAAUCCUUUGGCAAUGGCGAACAAUUAUACCGCGAGAAAAGCGAUGCAGGUAUCGGAGGAGAUGGCACCAGCUGUGCACAUUCCCAUAAUGGUGGGCAAUGAGAUCUUUGUUCUCACCCAGCAGGACAUUCGUCGUGUGGAAGACACACGGCUGAUUAGCUACAGUCGUCUAGGACCCAACGGGCAGUUUAUUCCCUUGGACACUUCUUCACCAGGUGCAGUUUAUGUCCCCCCGCCAAACCCCACGCAUUUCUGCACUUUGGAUGAUCUUCUCCGCAAUGUUUCUGACAAAAGGGUCCGUAUGCAAAUGGACAUCGAUGAGGAUGUGAAGCACCCUGCAAAGUCGAACAAUGAUACAUGUCUUUUUUUACGGGAAACCUCGAACCCGCUGAAGACAGUUGCAAGUGUAUCUACUCAAUUGGAAUGGUCAAAGAAAAAGUCAGACUCUAAACACCGUUUGCGACUUUGCUACGAUGCAGGCACCUCGACAUCCGGGUUAAUGACAAACACUGGAUGCCAGCACUGCCCCAAGUGCGAGACGCAACACUCGAGCUGUCAAACUCAAAUGUGUGCCAAAACGCAUACAAUUUUGGAGCGCGAGAUACCCCGGAAUGCGAGUUGCCAAACGAAGGACACCGGCACCGCAACUAGAACUUCUAUUGUGAAGGAGCCACAGGAUGUGGGUUGCCAAACUCAGAGCUGUCUCAGUGCAAAUACCCAUAUAAAGAAUGAACCCGUAAAUUUGAGAUGCCAGGCUCAGCGUAACACAAACUCCACCGGAUGCGGUACAUAUAGCGACCUAUUUGAAACGGCCUCAGCAGAGUCCUACACAUCAGCUGAAUGUUAUUACACUUCAUCGGCGGAAAGCACUAGUCCCUGUCCCUGUCAGCACUGUAAGUCACAACAGACCUGCACGGAACAGACGUUGAUAGUACCAAUGGAACCUCAAGUUCAGUCGCCCGUACGUCCACAGGAGCAUCCUUGCACAUCCAAACAUAUCCGCUUCGAUCCCUGCACCCAGGUUAAUAAUUGUCCUAACUUUGAGGAACCUCAUUUCUAUAGGACGAUACCUUUGGGACAAAAUCUAUAUCCGCGAGCUCAAGUCUCCAAGUCAAUAAGGAAGCCAACAUACGGGUUGGACGAAUCUCAAUUGUGAUCACGAAAUGCU